AUGUUUUUUUGGUAUUUCCCAACUCCGAACCCCGCUGGCAAGGACGAUGUUGUCAUUUGGUUCAACGGGUUUCUUCAAGAGAACGGUCCAAUAUCAUGGCGGCCUGGAGUGUUUGACCCUGUUCCAAAUCCCUGGUCGUGGCACAAACUGGCGAAUGUCAUCUGGGUCAAGUAUCCGGUUGGCACAGGUUUUAGCAGCGGCCCAGUGACCGCCAAAGACAACAACGAUGCAGCUCAACAAUUCCUCCAAUUCUGGGAAAACUUCUUGGAUACAUUUGACCUUCACUACAAGAACAUCUACAUUACGGGAGAGAGUUACACCGGCGUGCAUGUCCCCUAUUUUGGUGCGGCCAUGUUGGAGAAGAACAACACCAAGCUGUUCAACGUGAAAGGCGCACUCUAUUACGAUCCUGUUCUACCGUACUCGGACACUCUCGGGUUGGAUCACGCCGCCUUACCAGCUUUCCAGAGAUAUUGGACCAACGUACUCGCAUUUCCUCAGGGUGCGAUCGACAAAAUCGACGAAGACAACCACAGAUGCAGGCUCGAUGCUUACCUGAACAAAUACUUGAGCUAUCCUCCGCCAGGCAGACCCUGGCCCAAAGUCAAAAUCAGCGGCUGCGAUGCCGUGGCUGACUUUGAUAGCAUUGCCUCGGUAAUCAACCCUUGCUUCAACCCAUACCAUGUACUCGACUAUUGCCCAGUUCUUUGGGACGUUUUGGGGUUUCCGGGUGCUGUUUCGUAUACGCCGAACGGUGCGACAGUUUUUUUCAAUCAACCCGCAGUCCGUCAAUCAAUCCACGUACCGAUUGACUAUCCUUCGUGGAGCGAGUGCCAAGGACCGGUUUUCAUCGACAACAGCGAUCACUACAAUGGACCAGAACAUGAGGCUCGACUGCGCACCCUCAUUGAGCGUACGAAUAACGUGAUGGUGGGAUCGGGACUUGCAGACUAUGUCAUCCAGCCGAACGUGACUGCUCUCGGUAUUCAGUACUUACGAUGGAAUGGCAAACAAGGAUUCCAGACUGCUCCUACGCAGAAACUGGUCUUGCCUGCGGGUUAUAGUCCAGAUACCGACAUCCCGGGUUGGGCUGGUGGGAAUGAGCAAGGCACGUUCCACACUGAAAGAGGCUUCACCCACUCUACCGUGUACCUCUCUGGCCAUAUGAUUCCGCAGUAUACUCCUUCUGUGGCCUUUCGACACCUAGAAUUCGUACUAGGCAGGAUUGCGUCGCUUGGCGACGCAGCUCCGUACUCCGUCAAUAUCUCGAGCACAGUGAGCUGA